AUGGAGAGCUUCAAUGUUGGAGAGCACUACCAAGUCACCGAGGUCAUUGGCGAGGGCGCGUAUGGCGUUGUCGUCUCGGCCACUCACAAGGCAUCACAGAGAGUAGUUGCUAUCAAGAAAAUCAGUCCUUUUGACCAUUCGAUGUUUUGCCUGCGUACUCUACGCGAAAUCAAGUUGCUCAGGCACUUUCAGCACGAGAAUAUUAUCAGUAUAUUAGAUUUACUCCGACCGGCUAGUUUUGAAGAUUUCAAAGAGGUGUAUCUCGUUCAGGAACGCAUGGAGACGGAUAUGCACCGCGUAAUCCGAACUCAAGAGCUCUCCGACGACCACUGCCAGUAUUUCAUCUACCAGACUCUACGGGCGCUAAAAGCUCUACACUCGGCGAAUGUGCUACAUCGAGAUUUAAAGCCGUCGAACCUCUUGUUGAACGCGAACUGUGAUCUAAAGCUCUGCGAUUUUGGUCUGGCCCGUUCUGCAUUACCACCUCCUUCCAGUGCUGUCAAUGAUGCAUCGACAUUCAUGACGGAAUAUGUUGCAACGAGAUGGUACCGUGCACCCGAAGUGAUGCUCACUUUCAAAGAGUACACGCGUGCAAUCGACAUUUGGAGUGUGGGCUGCGUACUAGCCGAGAUGCUGUCAGGCAAGCCGUUAUUCCCUGGACGUGACUAUCAUCAUCAGCUUUCGCUCAUUUUGGAAGUGCUCGGAACUCCCUCACUGGACGACUUUUAUGCUAUCAACUCGACCCGCUCUCGCGAGUACAUUCGUGCACUUCCAUUCCGAAAGAAGAAAAACUUUGCGACACUCUUCCCGAAUGCGAACCCAAUGGCGCCUUAUCACGAUGAGGAGGACGAGCCGGGUGCUCCUCCACUUGAUGCAUCAUUCUUUGAUUUUGACAAUGGAGUCGAACUUCCCAAGGAGCAACUGAAGGUAAUGAUCUAUGAAGAAGUCAUGCGACCGCUACCACAUCAAAUAUGA